AUGGGAUCCAUCGGUGUUGUCACCGCACCGGGGAUGAUGAGCCUUGCUGAAGCCAAAGAUGCCUCGACUGCUCGACUCUUCCAGCUGCCUGUGGCCAGAACCAUCGCGGCACAACUGGUCCAAGCCGUGGCGUUUCUGCACUCGCAGGGGGUUGUCCAUGCGGAGCCUGUGGAACGUCUAGAUCAGCGCCCGCUCCCCAAUGGUGUCCCAAGCCAUGCUGUCGUGCCCGUCUGGCUAGGGAAAGCGAGCGAGCAUAUUUCUCCAUCAGAAGCUCAAAUAGUCGUCACUGACUAUGGAGAGUCCUUUACGCCGGCUACAACAAGGCGGGAUUACUCUCAUGCUCCAGCCCUUUUGGUCCCUACAGAAGUUCAUUUCGAACCUCAAGAGCCGCUUUCGUUUCCCGCUGAUAUAUGGACGCUUGCGUGCACUAUCUGGGAAAUUAUAGGACAGCGGCCGCUGUUUGAGGGAUUUAAUCCGUCAGUCGACUGGGUCAUCAGAGAACAGGUGGAUGUGCUCGGCAAGCUGCCUCUGGAAUGGUGGGCGAAAUGGAAUUCCCGGACAAGAUGGUUCAACGAAGAUGGAACACGACACAGCGGUGCCAAUCCAAGAACCUGGGAGCAACGAUACAGCGACUCGGUGCAGGAGCCAAGGCAGGAGGCCAAGAUACAAGUGGUGGGAGAGGAGGAGAAAGCUGCCUUGCUGGCCAUGUUGAGAGCUAUGCUUGCGUUUCGGCCCGAGGAGAGGCCACCUGCGAAGGAGGUUAUGGACUGUGAAUGGAUGCAAAGAUGGGCUCUUCCUGAGCUUGCAAAGUGCAAAUGA